UAAUAAUAUAAAUUAGGGAAAUAAAAAAAAAAACCCAAGAAAAAAUGACGAGCAUUCUCUUGACAGCUCCUUGCUCUCUUUCUUUGCAAAAUAGGAAAGUGGGUGUAACGAAUUUCAGAAGCUCAUUUUAUGGAAAACUCAUGAAUUCUCAAUGUUCCCUGGGAAGAAAACUAAGUAGAAGUUGCGGCAACUACCUUGUGGUGGCAUCAGUGCUUGGAAGGAGAAAGGCUAAGACCAGAGAGACGGUGAUUCCUGACCCAGAUUACAGAAUUCCUAUUGUUCUACUAGGUCUAGCUGGUGGGUUAGCUUAUACGGAUAAUUUGGUACCUGCUGUACCUGUGGGUCUUCUUGGCUUACUCUUGUUGUUCCAGACUACAAGAGUCAGAUUUGUAUUCGAUGAUGAGGCCCUGGAGGUAAAAGUAGGGGAUGAGCUUCAGGAUUCGGGUGAAAAUGUCUUUGUGGGUGGGAAAAACCGCUGGAAAUAUUCCACAUUUGUGAAUUGGGAGCUUUGGUGGCCAAACUUCCCUAUUCUGGUGUAUUUCAAAGAGAGACAAACUAAGCCUGAAGGGCAAAUUCACUUCUUUCCAAUAAUAUUCAAUGGGAAGCAACUUUAUGAUGUCAUGGUGGAGAGAGCUGGCCCUUCUCAAAAUAGUGGACCAGAAUAGCUUGACCAUCAAUGUUAUUGCAGUGUUUUUGGGUUUUGGCAUGGUGCCAAGAGGUGUGCGCUUACUAGUUGAAUUGAAGUUACUUUUCUAAAUAUUACACAUUGUUGUAGUAAAUAUCCUCAUAUACUUCUCAAUACUACUGACGUUAUUAUUUGUAAAACUAGACAUCUGUACAUGAUUACUAGUAUUAAUUAUUCAAUUCCUGGACUUCAUCUUUCAGGAGUUUUUUC